ACAACGUGUUGCAUAUGAAGCGUUAAUGUAUUUUUCGUGAAUCCGGUGAAUGUUUGUGCUUCACUUUCCAUUUAUUCAUAAUUAUGUACAGUAUAAUACCAAUUAAAAGUGGAUACAUUAACUUAUAAUAUGUCAGAAAGUAGACUUGACAUGGAUAUUGAUAAUCAGAGCGAGGACGGAGAAAUAAAGAAAAGCCCCUCGAAGGAUAUGGACGAUUUUAGCUUUUCAGAGGAGGAUGGUGGAGAUACAGCUGAUUCUCUGGAUAUAAAGCCACCACAGGCUGUUGUCCGUCAUCACAAGUCUAAUUCAUCCAGAAGAAGAGAUAAACACGGUGACAGAAGAGAUCGUAGGGAAGAUAAGGAAAGAAAGUCAAGACAUCAUGAUCGUGGAGAGGAUAGACACAGGGAUAAACACAGACACCGCAGACACACUGUUGAUAUUUUGGAAAGAUCAGAUCGUUCUGAAGGCUCAAAACGAGACAGGGAAAGACUGGAGAGAUUAGAAAGAAUGGAAAGUCACAGAGACAGGGAAUCUAGACACGAUAGGAAAGAAAGAAGUACAGGAGAUCGUGUUUUGGAGGAUCUAAGAGAAAGAUUACUGGAUAAAAGAAGAGAAAGACGAGAAGAUUCACGAGAUGUUCGCCGCGAAAUUCGUAUGGAAGAUACUCGCGAAUUACGCGAUUCGCGCGAACGCAGAGAAAUUCGAUUGGAAGAUAUGCGAGAACGCCGUGAGAUUCGAACCAUCGAAGACGUAAGAGAACGUCGCGAAUUUCGCAUGGAAGAACACAGGCACAUGAGAGUAAUGGAAGAACAAUACUCUGAAACAGAGUUAAUGGAACGACCGGAGAGAAGCGAGAAACGCCACAAGAGAUCACACAAGCAUGAUCGUCUUCGCGAGAGGGACAGAGAAAAAGCAGAACGCGAGAAAGAGCACAGAGAAAAACAAUUGCGCGAAGCGAUGGAAAUUGUUACCGAGGAACCUGAUGACAUGGAGAUCAACGAGAUGCCAAUACAACCAAAGGACCCCAAAGAGAUGACUGAACAGGAACUUAGAAAAGAGAGAUUAUUAGAAGCUGAUAGAGAAAUGGCCAGAAGGAAAGAAGUCUCUAGAUUGGAGUUAGAAGCACGACGAAUGAAACGUGGAGAGAAACGACCAUUGAGUCCAGACAAUAAUCAAGAUCCGUCUGUCGUCGAAUUAUCGGAUGAGAGUCCUAGUCCUGUUCAUUCGGACGAAGUUCGUUCUAAAUCUGUCGAAUCUAGACAUUCCUCUGAUGGUCAAAGAAGUAUACGUGAAAGAUCUUCAGAUAGACAUUCUUCCGAUUCGUCUGAAUCUAGUAGCGAUGAUGACGAUGAAUCGAACGAUUCGAAUAAAGGUUCCAACGCUGAUUCUAACGAUGGUUCCGAUUACAAUAAUCCAAGUCCCUUAUCUGUCGAUCGGUUGGCUAAGUCUGAUCAUUCUGAUGGAGAAUCGCCUGGACAUGUUGAUUCCAAUGGAGCCUCUAAAAAUAUGGAAGAAGAAGAAGAAAAGAAAGAAGAAGAGGAGCCUGAAUUGCCACCAUAUUUACCAGCAAUUCAAGGGUGCAGAAGCGUAGAAGAAUUUCAGUGUCUAAAUCGCAUCGAGGAAGGUACAUACGGUGUAGUAUACAGAGCACGUGACAAACGUACGGAUGAAAUUGUCGCUUUGAAGAGAUUGAAAAUGGAAAAAGAAAAAGAAGGUUUUCCAAUUACCAGCCUUAGAGAAAUAAAUACUCUACUGAAGGCGCAGCAUCCAAAUAUCGUUACCGUUCGAGAAAUAGUUGUCGGUAGUAAUAUGGAUAAAAUAUUCAUCGUAAUGGAUUACGUGGAGCAUGACUUGAAGUCAUUAAUGGAAACGAUGAAACAAAAGAAGCAGGUUUUCAUACCAGGGGAGGUUAAAUGUCUUAUGCAACAAUUAUUACGGGCCGUCACACACCUGCACGACAAUUGGAUACUUCAUCGCGAUUUGAAAACAUCCAAUUUGUUGCUAAGUCAUCGCGGCAUCUUGAAGGUUGGUGAUUUUGGUUUAGCGCGAGAAUACGGUUCACCUCUGAGACAAUAUACACCGAUUGUUGUAACACUUUGGUACAGAGCUCCUGAAUUGCUACUGAGUGGGAAAGAAUAUAGUACUCCCAUUGAUAUGUGGUCAGUGGGAUGUAUCUUCGCAGAAUUAUUAAGAAUGGAAGCAUUGUUUCCAGGUAAAUCUGAGAUCGAUCAAUUAAAUAGGAUAUUCAAGGAAUUAGGUACGCCUAAUGAUCGGAUAUGGCCAGGAUAUAGUAAACUGCCGAUGGUGCAGAAAAUCCCAUUCGCCCAUUAUCCAGUGAACAAUUUGAGACAGCGUUUCAGCUUAUCCUUAUCAGAUUUAGGCAUCGAGUUAUUAAACAAAUUCCUUACUUAUGAUCCUCAACAAAGAAUAUCAGCUGAAGAUGCUCUGAAACACGGUUAUUUUGCAGAGGCACCGUUGCCAAUUGAUCCUCAAAUGUUCCCUACGUGGCCAGCUAAAUCUGAGCUAGGUGUGAGGACAGCAAACGCUUCGCCAAAACCACCAAGCGGUGGAAAGGAAUACAAGCAAUUAGGAGAUGGUGACGAUGCUGAUUUAAGUAACUCCGGGUUUCACAUGGGCCUCACAGAGGGUGGGCGGCAACCACCUGUCGGUGGUGGUUUCCAUUUAAAGUUUUAAAAUAUGUACGACGAAUUCUGCAUGAUAAAAGAGUGAUUGCUUUUCUACGAAAUAAACUUUG